AUGGGAGUCGAAUCCUUCCAAGGUCUCGCGCAUACGGUGCAAACAGUGGCAAUUGCUGCGUUGAUAGCCGUGGCGUGUUACUACUUCCCCAAGAUCAACCUCAAUGCGCAGCUUGCGAAGCUACCGGCUUUCGGGGCGGAGAGUGGCGAGAAGCAGAGGACCGAAUUCCUCAAACAUGGAAAGGACAUGUACUUGCAAGGAUAUGAAAAGUUCAAAAAUCAAGUCUUCCGCAUGACCACCUCCGAUGGAGCCGAAACCCUUGUUAUAAGCCCUCAAUUCCUACCCGAAUUGAGGAAACUCCCAGACACAGUAGUGAGCUUUCCGAAAGCCAUCGAGGAGUUGAUGGAGGUCAAGUACACGGGACUCCUUGCCGACGAGCCUUUGGGGAUACACGCUAUCCGAGCUGACUUGACGCCAGCACUUGCACGCCUGAACCCUGUGGUUUAUUCCGAGGUUCUGCAAGCGCUUGAAGAAUUCAUGCCCAAAUGCGAAGAUUGGACAGCUGUCAACAUCUACGGAAAGCUUGUGAGUAUGGUAGCUACCAUCACUGGGUCCCUCAUCACAGCUCAGCUGGACAUCAAAAAGCUACGACCCCUCUUCAAGCCGUGGUUCGCGCCUCGCCUCCCUUCGGUUCAAAGAUUGCAUGAGGCUGAAAAGAAUCUUGCGUCCUUCCUAGAACCAGUCGUACGGGCACGACAAGAUGCCGAAAAGAACGAUCCUGACUGGCAGAAACCAGAUGACAUGCUAACCUGGCUUAUGAACAGACAAGGUGAAUUUGGCGUCAGGUCGACACAUCAGCUAGCGAAGCUGCUCCUUGGUCUCGUCUUUGCAUCGAUUCAUACUACCACUCUGACUGCCACGAAUAUACUCUAUACUCUUGCUGUCUCUACUGAGUACAUAGAGCCACUGAGAGAGGAGAUCCGCCAGGUAAUGGGCGAGAAUGGAGACACGAUCUCAACUCGUGCUCUGCAGCAGAUGAUGAAGCUGGACAGCUUCAUGAAAGAGACAGUGCGCUUCUAUCCGCCAGGCUUUACAUCGUUCCAACGCAAGGUUCUUCGCGGAUUCACCCUUUCCAACGGCCAGUACAUACCGGCUGGUGCAAAGAUCGAAGUGGCAUCUCAUGCCGUCUAUCAAGACCCUGUCAAUCACCCCAACUCCGAGCCUGCAGAUGUCUUUGACGGCUAUCGAUCCUACAAGCUACGGCAAGGAGGUACAGCGUCCGAUCACGCGCGAAACCAAUUCGUCACCACCAAUGAACAGAACUUGAUGUUCGGUUACGGAAAACAUGCGUGCCCGGGAAGAUUCUUCGCAGCGAAUGAGAUCAAGAUGAUUCUUGCGAAUUUGAUCUUGAACUACGAUUUCAAGAAUGAGGAUGGGAGCAAGGUACGCUAUUCUCAACUGAACAUGGGAAGGCAGUCGUCGCCAGAUGCGAAGAAGAAUCUGCUGUUCAAGAGAGUCGAGGUUUGA